AUGCCAACACAACAUAUUGCUCUGGCAUUAUUCUUAGUUCUGUUGGCAAUUGGAGUCAUCAUUUUGAUCAGCAUACUAGUUAUUGUCAAAAGACGUAUAGCUCGACGAAAAAGCCGAAUAGGACGUACUACUUAUAAUUCAUGUGGACAUGGUCUACCAAAAGUUUGGAAAUCAAAUAUCGAGAAAAAAAUUAAUGGCACUGUGAAAAUACGCACUGAACCUCAGGUAUUCGGUCCUCAUUAUUCUGAAAAUUACGAUGUCUACACUUCUACUGGUGAAGUAACUUUCCUUUAUCGUGCUAAAACAGUCGAUCAGUUUCUCAUGUUAAAACAAGCCAUACUUUCCUUAGAUUCGACAUUAGAAGCUCCUCCAUUAAGAGAUAUACGUGAUUUCUUAUUGACAGCUCGUCAUAAUGUCAUGAAUCCGCCACCAUCUCGUGAUCACAUUGAAGAAUAUUGUCAACUGUAUUUAUGGGCAAGGCAUGAUUUGAAUCCUUUUGGUGAAUCAGAAUAUAAACGGUUUUGUGAAUUGCAAACUAAUUUAUUAGAAAUAGUCAAUCGUACAAAACCAUGGCCUGUCUAUUCAUCAGGUGGAACCAAUACUAUUGGUCAGUCAUCAUCUGAACAGUCAUCAAAGAUACAUAAAAGAAAUCAUUCAAAUUUUAAAAUUAAUUUUCCAUCAUUUCUAUUUAAGGCAACAGAACAUUCACAACUUCGUGUUGUUCAUUCAAGUGCUUCUGUUACAACAUUAACAACUACAAUACCAUCUUCAUCAUCACCGCUAACAACAACAAUAACUACAAUUAAUCAAUCACGUCCAACACGUGUUAAAGUAUUAUCCAGAACUGGACAACCUAGCGGUUUAAAUUUAAAACGUUUAUCUCAUUCAACACAUCGUAAAAAGCAUGAAUUAUUAGUUUCAUCAUCUGAACAUGAAACGCUUACUAAAAACUCACAUUUAAUUCAUCCAAGCCAUGUCUUUACAAAUGAUAUCAUCGGUGAAAUUGAUUCCAGUGUAGAUUUAUUAAAUAAAAUUGAUAGAAUAGAAACAAAAACCGGUAGUUGUUCACAUCGUCGUGAUAGUUGUCAAAGUGAUGGUUCACAAACAGCGUUAAUUGAUUUAGAACCUGUUAUUGUUGUGAAUCCAUCGAAAACAUUAUCACAACCAUCACGACAAAUAAAACUCAGUGAAUCUUAUAUUAUUCAACCGGAUAUAAAAAAUCUAACACGAUUUAACAAAGGUAUGGAAAAUGAAGCUGUAAAUUGUUGA